AUGUCUAAUACUAAUAAGAUGGAAAAUGAAAGUGAUCCAGUGGUUAAAGAGAUUCCAGUGUAUCUAUCACAAACACUUGCAGAUAAGUUAUUUAUUUUUCAAUAUCCUGUCCGUCCUGCUUGGAAAGGUUAUGAUAAUACAACCUUCUUAAAAACCUCAAUAAAACCAGAAAAUCAGGAAGUUCUCAUAGAAGUAGCAAUAGAUACACAUAGUGUCAAUUAUGAUCAAAGCAAAGGUGAACAAAUUGCAUUAAAUGCAGAUGGAGAUUCAAGGACUGAUCAAGCAGAUGAUGAAAAGGCAUUUGACAGCAAUCUUAUGGAUAAAACAUUGUUGCAUUCAUCUCGAGCAUUACCAAACUGUUCCAAUUAUGCAGUUGGUAUUUUUCAAGAUGGAGAGUUGCAUCUAACACCACUGAGAGGAAUUAUUCAAAUGCGUCCACAGUUUAAUUAUCUUGAUAAAAGUGAUAAACGUGUAAGAGAAGAAGCCAAAAAUAUGGGUGAAGAAUUAGAUGAGGAAGAAGAAGGUCCAAAACAAGUUAAUGUAACCUUUGCUAGGCAAAAGCCUGAAUUUAUGAAAAAGAUGCAAGAACAAUCCUUUCAGCAUUAUACUAAGAAAAGUUUGGAAGAAAGAUGGAUUCACACAAAUUAUAUUCCAGCAAAUACACCUCAAUCAGAGCUCACAUGUUUAGAAAUGUUUUGUUCUGCUACUGAUGAGACUGUAAAUACACUGAAUUUAAGCAGUCAGCAAUAUUUAGAAUUGUUAGCACCAUCAGUGAAGGAAGAACAAGGUUUUAAAUCAGAUGUUUCCAAUCAUGCUACAUGUCUUAAUUAUAUUAGGACUUUACCUCUUCUUGAUCAAGUGAGAAUGCUCAUGAAAGAUGCCAAAGUUAUAUCCUUUCCACAAUUAAGGUCUAUUUUAUCACCAGAUCAAGAAACAACAGCUAUUUUAAAAUAUUUACAACAAGCAGCAGUUUUAGUACAAGGAAACUGGGUUGUAAAUAGUGAACUCCUGUACCCAAAAGAUACUAUAUCAUCACAUAAUGGCAUUCCAGCAGAACUUAUGUGUAGGGCUAGGGAUUAUGUAUUAUUAUCAUUUACGGAAAACGAAUUCCUCGACCGGAAGACAAUGUCAUCUGUUAUUAAAUUACCUCCUGAUGAAAUUAAAGAAAUAUUUAUAAAUUUAGCAGUACAUGAACCUAAAAAAGGAUGGCAUUUAAUUAUUCCACCUACUAAAGAAUUUAGUGAAAGAUAUCCUGAAAUAGUACAAAGACAAGAAAUGUUUUGGGAAGCAAAACGAAAACAUCUUCGUGAAGCUAUGGAAGUUCAAAGUCCAAUUCCACAACGUCAAAGGCGGAAGUCAAACAGAGAAUCUGUUGGGUCCGAAAAUGAAGAAAGAAACGCGGGACGUGGCAGGAAAACGUUGAGAGAUUCUUCAAUGUCCGACAACGACAGUGCGACAGAGCCAGUGAAACAUAAAAAAACUAUUCGAUCUCGCAAAGUAUCGGAGACCACGUGA